UCAAGCGGCAAGCAGCAGCAACAGGUUCCGUGUCGCCAUGAGCUGGAUGGGGAAGCGGGGGUUGGGUGGGGAGAGCCCGCACUGGCGGAGAAGACGAACGAGGGCUGGCGGCCCCGGAGCUACCUCCACUACCUCGCCGCCGCGUCCAGUCCGACCCUGCCUCCUGCAAGCACGGCGACUUCUUCGACACCGUCCGGGCGGGCCACGAGCUAACCACGCCCAAUCUCUUCAGCAAUGUAGAUGUCGACCGUAGUUGGAUGUACAAAGAGAGACGAGGGAAGUUGAUCAGUGAUGCUUGGCAACAUGGAGUAGAUAAUUUCCUAGAUCAUGCAUUCUCAUUGCCCGAUGCUGCUGUAGAUGGGAAAUCCCAUUGUCCUUGCAGCAAGUGCUUUUGCGGUCAUAAGUGGACAAGGGAUGUCAUGACCACACACUUGUGCAGCAAUGGGUUCAUGUUAGGAUAUGAGAGAUGGACUAGCCACGGGGAGUCUGAUGCACCUGAAAAUGUAGAGCAUGAUAACGCGGGGGAUGGAGAUAGAAUGAAUGACAUGCUAGUUGAUGCAAUUGUUGCUGAAGGAGUUUCUAAAGGUGAUGAGCCAACAAAAUCUGCCAAAAAAUUCUAUGAAAUGUUGAUGGAAGCCGACAAACGUUUGCAUGAGAAGACCACACAAUCACGUCUAUCCAUUGUAGGAAGGCUAAUGACUAUCAAAACACAACAUAAUCUGUCAGAAGCUUGUUACAAUGAGAUGAUGACUCUUCUACAUGACAUUGUUGGGGACGAUGCUGCAAAAGAUCUCCCAGCAAACUUCCAUAGGUCCAAGAAUAUUUCCAGGAAGGUGGUCAGCUGGGUAGUCAAAUUUGUUGAUGAAUCUACUGAGCCAAGAAAGGAGUCAGAUGAUGUGGAGCUUGAUCCCUCUGAAAUUUAUGUAAUAGAAAAUCAAGGCAAUAAUUAUGAGGGAGAAGAAUCUUCAGAAGAUGAAUUGGACGAGAGUACUGAUGAGGAAGAAGAAGAUUUACCUGAAGAGGAAGGACAAGAAGAGACAUAUGAGACCGAAGAUGAGGAUGAUGCAAUAGAGCAUGACUCUGAAUAUGACGAUGAUGAUUACUGAACAUUUAUAGCUUUUGCACUUCAUUUUCUGUCUUGGUACCAAUAAAUAUAUAGUGGCACAACUAGUGAAUGAUAUAGUAUGUUUA